AGCUGAACGCUGACACAUUGAUGACAUGAAGGAGCAAAGCUCAGAUAUAAACACACGUACAGUCAGCGCUGACAGAAACACGGACGCUCAGCUGACGGAUUUGAUCAACUAAAACAGACAGAGAAAUCAUGUCGACUCGUGACACGAAUAACACGGCGGUGCAUCGCACCAGAGGACGAACAGAAAGCCAGCGUCCCGCAGAGAAUGGCUCAAUAAGAAAGCAUGAUAAUCACACAAAUAUGAGCGAUGCAACACUUAGAAAUGAAGACAUGGAGAGGAUGAAAGCGGAGCUGAUCCGACACGUUCAGUCCCGUCUGAAUGAGCUGCUGGAGCGAGCGCUGUCAGACUCCAUGCAGUCGCUCUGCAGGAACACACACACACACCCGGAUCACACACACACCCACGACAGGCACAAACCGGAUCAGGGGAAGGUGUUUGUGGCCCGGUGCUCCUUGCUGGAUGAGUUAUUCGAGAUCAGUCACAUCAGGACCAUCUAUCACAUGUUCAUCGCCGCUCUCUUGCUGUUCAUCAUCAGCACGUUAGCAGUGGACUACAUCGACCAGGGCAGGCUGGUUCUGGACUUUGAUCUGUUUUAUUACGCGUUCGGUCAGUUGGGGACGGUCGUAUGGGCCUGGACGCUCAUGCUCGCGUACUCUCUGCUCGGGCCGUAUUACGUUCUGAGCGUCUGGGCUUCACUGAACCACAGCCGUGGCUGGAGGACGUGUGUGUCUGCGGUGGCAGCGCUAACACUGUGUGCUGCUCAGACGAGCAUGCUGGGAAUAUUUCCAGUUUACAUCGUCCUGCAUUAUCAGCUGCCGCCAGCUUCACGAUUCAUCAUCAUAUUAGAGCAGAUCAGAUUUGUGAUGAAGAGCUACUCGUUUAUCCGUGAAACUACACCGGCCGUUCUCAAAAACACACCGCAGAAGGUCGAACCUCUGCGAUAUCCAUCUCUCUCCAGCUAUCUGUACUUUCUGUUCUGUCCGACUCUGAUCUAUCGGGAGGUUUAUCCGCGAAACCCGUACGUCAGGUGGAACUACGUUGGCAUGAACUUUCUGAAGAUCUUGGCCAGUCUGUUCUAUCUGUACUUCAUCUUGGUGCGAUUGUGCAUCCCUGUGUUCACGAACAAGAGCAACCAGCCCUUCAAUACACGGACAUUCAUCCUGGCGCUCUUCCACGCCGCGUUUCCAGGGAUGCUCAUGUUAAUGUUGGGUUUCUACGCAUUUCUGCACUGCUGGCUCAAUGCUUUUGCUGAGAUGCUGCGUUUCGCUGACCGCAUGUUUUACAGAGACUGGUGGAACUCGACGUCCUUCGCUAAUUACUAUCGCACUUGGAACAUCGUCGUACACGACUGGCUUUAUUACUACGGCUACAGAGACUUCCUCUGGCUGAUGGGUCAUAAGCUCCGAUCGGUCGCCACGCUGUCUGUUUUUGCUGUUUCUGCAUUAGUGCAUGAAUACGCCUUCACCUUAGGCUUCGGAUUCUUCUACCCGGUGAUGUUCUGCACGUUCGCGGGCAUCGGUGUGGUGUUCAACUUCGCCAUGAAUGACAAGCGGAAGAGUCCGGUGUGGAACAUCAUCAUGUGGACGUGUCUGUUCAUCGGUCAGGGCGUGCAUGUGUGUCUGUACUGUGUGGAGUGGUACGCUCAGAUCCAGUGCCCUCGCACCGGGACAAGCUUCUGGGAGCUGGUGACGCCGCGCUCGUGGAUAUGCAGCUACCAGUGACUUCUGCAUAGAGCCCAACACAAACCACAGCAGCUCGUCAGCAUCAACCACGAUGACACAUUAUGGAAUAUAUUGCAUAACGUACUUAAUGACUUCAUGAAGCACAUCAGUCUCUCUGUAAAUGCCUUUUACUUUAAUUGAAUGUUGAUUUUAACUUGAUGACUGUAUAUAUUUUAAUUUAUGUAAAGAUGCACAUUAUUAAAAAUGAUAAAUGCC